AUGCCAUAUUCUCCUUCAUGCCUGUCAGGUUUGCGUCCUUUCAUCUGCCGCAUUUGCUCGAAAGCCUUCAAGCACAAGCACCAUUUAACGGAACACCGGCGAUUGCACACCGGCGAGAAGCCGUUUGUCUGUUCUCGUUGUGGAAAACGUUUCAGCCACUCGGGCUCCUAUUCACAACACAUGAACCAUCGCUACAAGUACUGCAGGCCUUGA